CACCCACACACACGCACAUCAACAACACGUACGGAGAGGCUUGGCGCGGUCAAAAAAUGCAGCUAAAAUGUUGAGAUUUUCCACGGAAUGUUACGAAUUGUUGUGCAUUAAGAACUAGUCUUCUGCAGGGAGAAUCCUUGUCAUCAAUUUCUGUGUGAUAUGUAAAUAAGAAAGCGUUGGAAAUAGAGACAUUUUAGUCCUCAACAAGUUAUGUGUGUUCAUUACGGACGAAUCUAGUGUACGAGAAUUCAGUGCAGUGCAGUUGAGUUGGCACGUCAAAUUACCGUGCGUGUGUGACUGUGCAAUCUCUAUAAAACAAUACGUGACUCAGUUAUUUGGUGCAGUUGUUUCAACCUGUAUAAAUCAUGAGUGUGAGUGAGAUGCUGCGAGGCUUACCGAGCCACAAUGAAAACAACUUCAGUCGCUUCCACAGUGAAGGCGGUCGUAGUACGAGUAAAAAGCCAGCUGUGUAUCUUCCAACGAAAGAUUUCCCCUCGGAACAAGUCAUUACAACAGAGAAGACGAAUAUCCUGCUGAGAUACCUCCAUCAACAAUGGGACAAAAAGAAUAAUCAAAAGAAGAGAGAUACCUCCAGUGCCAACAUGGAGUCCGACACCUCACCCGCACGCAAGAUACCCCGACUAGACUCCACUUCAGGCAACUGCGGUUGAGGCUUCACCAACAACAUUACAUUUAAAAGCUGUACACAACAUUAACCUAAAUGUAUAUUUAAUAGCGCCUUGGACCGAGUCUAUCCAAACCGUAAUUGUACAAACCGAAAACCCAUAUUUUUGCUGCCCUCAAAGUCUCUAUAAUGAGAAUGCAUGUAUUUGCCAUGUAUGUUUAUCACAUAUUUAUCGUUGGAAUGAUUGAAUCGGCGUUUGGAAAGGCAGAUCUGAUGGUCAUGUAUGGAAACAACAGACAGACGUAUUUGGCAAUAUUGCGGUUUGCACGACACAGUUCUGUUGUAACAUAAGGUAUUUGGAACCCUUUGAAGACUUCCAACAAAACUGGUCUGGAGUUUUACCACUGCUUAAUGUGGUACAAAAGGCAUUGACGAAAUUUCCAAAUUUGAGGGUUAAAGGACGUGAUUCAGAGCCAUUUUUGUCUCUCUAGUGUGCGUUCCCCUUGUGUCAAGACAAGAAUGACGUCUAGUGCUCCCUUAUCAGCUGUAUACAGUUGUACACUGUAGGGUUUCUAUGCUUAUUAUUUUGGCACUGCCUUUCAAAUGUACAUGUGUCAUCAAGGCUCCACUUGCUGUGUCCUGUCAAGUAGGCAACACAGUGUCAAAAUGAGUUAUUGCACAAAGACCAGCUCAUUCUUCAUGCAAUUACAAAUUUCAAGUCAUGAGACAUUCAUAAUGAUUCAUAAUUCGCAGUGCAAAAACUUCAUAUGAUGUCACAAAUUUUUCCAGUUUGCGCCAGUUAUUAACAAGUCCGAAUGCUGAUUUGUUUUUUCUUUUUAACUACCAUGUAAUUUUUAAAGGUAUACUGUACAUGCUUUAAAGAUUGGUUAACAAUCUUUAGAUGUAAACCUUAACCUUCCAAGAAUGUUUUAAAUGAACUAGGGAGUUUGGGAGAAUUUGGCAAGAUUUAGGAAUGUUAAAACCAGCUUGUCUUUACACAGAACGUUU